AUGGAUCCUGCUAAAAUGAAAGUAGUGGACCUCAGGUCGGAGCUUGGCGCUCUCGGAUUGGAUACGAAGGGUAACAAGCCGGCUUUGGUCGAAAGAUUGAAGAAAGCACUUGAAGCAAAGAGUGGAAAAGCUAUCCCAGAUACAUCGAUUCUGGAUACAUCUACCGAGGAUGCAGACGAACCAGCCACUCCACGCAGGCCCGGGCCUGCUUCCCGGACCACGCGGAGAGCCUCUUCAUCCCGAGUGGCACCAGCCACUCCGAUCAAGGAGACGCCUGAAAACGUUGACGAGCCGGAUGCAGUCCUGCCUGCAGCUAGGAUGACUAGAAGAAGGUCCUCGUUGACUCGGCUGGCUGCGGCCACACCGACCAAACAACAAAAAGAGACUCCGGAACCUAUAGCCGAAGAGCCGAAGGCCGAGGAGGCGCGCGAGCCCUCUCCCGAACCCGCCCCUCCCACCCCUGCUCCAGCCAAAGAGCAAGAGCCGCCGGAGCCUGAACCGGAGCCGGAGCCCGAGAGAGCGGCGCCGCAGCCGGUGCCGGCGCCGCCGCCGGUGCCGGUGCCGGUGCCGCCGCCGGCCGUGCCCGCGCCGCAGCCCGUGCCGCCUGUCAGCGAGCCACCCGCGGCGGCUGACGCCUACUCGAUCUAUGACGAUAGGAGCUCAUCUCCAGUCAAUUUCAAACAAGAACCUAUGGAAGUUCAAAAGACAGAAAACAUACAACCAAAGGAGGAGUCAGAGGAAAAAAUGAAUGUUGACGAAGUUUCAGAAGUUAAGAAAGAAGAUAAUAAAGAGGGUGUUAAAAAAGAACCUAAUGAGAAUAAUGAGGAUGCUAAAAACAAGGCGCUGAAGGAUGAGGCUCGCGAGCUGUCCGAAGCGGAGGAGUGGCGGCAACUCAACGAACGGCUACGGGAACGGGAACAGGAGCGCCGCGAGCGCGAACAACGCCAGGCCGAGGAGGAGAAACGACGCGAACAGGAGCUCAGCCAGAAAUCCAUAGAGAUUUACAAUGAUUAUUCUUCCACAGACGACAGCGAUCUGAACCAGUAUCUGGAGCUGCCGGGCCUGAACGCGGUGACGCCGCUGAGCGAGGGAGCCUUCGCCCACGCCUGGGCCGGCGCGCGCGCGAGCCACGGCGUCAGCACGGGACGCGUCUACUACGAGGUACGCGUCGGUGAUAAACUGCCAACAAUAGCGGAGCCGGACAAAGACGCGCCCGGCUCGGGGCUCCGAGUCGGCUGGUCCACUGAAGACUCCUCGUUGCAUCUUGGCGCGGACGCUCAAAGCUGGGCGCUAGAAAGCAGCGGACGGCGCGUAUGCGGCGGCACCUUCGAGCCCUAUGGCGCUGAAUUGUCUGAGAAAGACGUCGUCGGAGCCUACUUGGACCCGGUGCGCCUGCAGCGCCACAAGCGAAAGCAAGAGAAGAAGAACCGCUGGAGCAACUUCUACAAGUCCGUCGAGGUCAUCAACGAGGUCUUGACGCCGCCUGUCGAGACUGAUGUUAUAAAACCGAAGAAGGAAACUUCUACCGAAGUUAGGAUUCCUGAACCAGAGUUGGACGACGAUAAAAUCACUUUAUCUUGGUACGACAGCGAUCUGAACCAGUAUCUGGAGCUGCCGGGCCUGAACGCGGUGACGCCGCUGAGCGAGGGAGCCUUCGCCCACGCCUGGGCCGGCGCGCGCGCGAGCCACGGCGUCAGCACGGGACGCGUCUACUACGAGGUGCGUGUCGGUGAUAAACUGCCAACAAUAGCGGAGCCGGACAAAGACGCGCCCGGCACGGGGCUCCGAGUCGGCUGGUCCACUGAAGACUCCUCGUUGCAUCUUGGCGCGGACGCGCAAAGUUGGGCACUAGAGAGCAGCGGGCGGCGCGUGUGCGGCGGCACCUUUGAGCCCUACGGCGCUGAAUUGUCUGAGAAAGACGUCGUCGGCGCCUACUUGUCCAGCAGACAGCGGGCUCGCCGUUCCCUCGCUGUCCGCCUCAUGGCAACCCUGUCUGCCACCACGCCGCAUUACGUGCGCUGCAUCAAGCCCAACGACACGAAGGAAGCCUUCCGCUUCGACCCGGCGCGGGCGGUGCACCAGCUCAGGGAUCUGGAGUCGUCCCCAUGCAAGAUUUCCUUCGCCAUCAACGGUGUGGACCAGGGUGUUGCUUACGAGUUUGAGAAGGAGGCGCUGGGAGACAAGCCUCUGUUCCCGCACGUGCUAACAAAGAACAUCAGCUAUAAGGUCAACUUCGGAUAUGACAAAUACAACAUGCUAACUAAGACUAAGACGGUCCGUAAAAGGCUGGAGAUUCCUGUAGAAGAGGUCAUAGAGCAGAAGAAAGCCAUAGAGGCGGAAUUGCAGAAGCAGAAAGAGGAAGCCGAGAGGAAAGAGAAGGAACGACUCGAGAGGGAAAAGAAAGAGCGAGAAGAGAGGCAGAGGAAGAGGAAAGAGGAGAGAGAGAGGCAAGACCGCGAAAGGAAAGAGAGGGAAAACAAGGAGAAGCGAGAUAGAGGGGAGGAGGUUACCGAAGACGAUAAGGACAAAGUGGCGGACACCAACGAGCCGGCAGGGGCCAGCGAGCAACCUAUGGAGGGCGUUGAAGACGAACAACCCAAGGAGAACGGCGAGGGCGUCAAGCCAGAAGCCAAGGCCGAGCCCACUGUGCCUGAGCCCGAGGCCGCGAAAGACGAGCCUAUGGAGGCGGCGCCGGCUGACCUCACCGCGCAGAUAGACAGCCUGGACAAGGAGCUCAGCGAAGAGCUCAAGAAGGAGCUCACUGGUCAGUACCGUCUUCUCUGUCCCCACAAGGACAUCGACCGGCGCAACAUCAAGGCGACGUGCAGCAAGAUACUAGCAAAACAUCUGAAAGACCCCGACAAAUACCAGUUCGGGGCUACCAAGAUAUUCUUCAGGGCUGGCCAGGUGGCGUAUUUAGAGAAGAUUCGCGCGGACAUCCAACGCCUAUACUGCGUUAGGGUUCAAAGUUGCGUGCGCAGAUUCAUAGCGAGGAAGAAGUAUCUCCGUCUCAUGUCUGCUUUGAAGGGACUACAGGCGCGAGCGAGAGGGUUCCUGGCUAGACGCAAAGCGCAAGAGGUCCGCCGCAAUCGAGCCGCUGUCAAGAUACAGCGCAGCGUCCGCGGCUGGCUAGCUCGUUCCAAGUACCAGCGGCUGAGGCGGCUGGCGAUAGGGCUCCAGGCCAGAGCCCGGGGGCUCCUCGCGAGAAGAUUGUAUAAGGACAAGAGGCGGGUCAAGGCGGUCUUGACGAUACAACGCUACGCUCGCGGCUAUCUCGCUCGCAAACGCGUGAAGAAGAUGAGACGGCAGAUCGUCAUAGCGCAGGCAUCUAUCCGCCGCUUCCUAGCCCGCCGCCAGUACAAGCGCCUACGCAUCGAAGCUCGCAGCCUCGACCACGUGAAGUCCCUCAACAAGGGCCUGGAGAACAAGAUCAUCAGCCUGCAGCAGAAGCUCGGCGCGGCGCUCGAGCGGGCCAAGGGCAUCGACCCUCUCGCGCUGCAGGUGGCUGAGCUGAGCCUCGACCACGUGAAGUCCCUCAACAAGGGCCUGGAGAACAAGAUCAUCAGCCUGCAGCAGAAGCUCGGCGCGGCGCUCGAGCGGGCCAAGGGCAUCGACCCUCUCGCGCUGCAGGUGGCUGAGCUGAGAGCAAAACUGGAAGGCCUCAAACUGGUAGAAAUCGAAGUCAAAACCCUGAAAGUGGACAGGGUAGAAAAGGACAACCUGAUCGAGUCGCUGAAGGCUGAACUAGCGCAAGAGCGAGACAGCAACAAGGUCAUGGUGGAGCAGAUGGAGGAAAUGAAACGGAAGUAUAAGAAAGAGAAGGAAGAUUUGGAAAUGGAGAGUGAAAAGUUAGCGAAUGAGUUGAGAAGCAACAAGGAACAUUACGAGCUGGCUAUAGAAGACCGAGACAAGCAGCACGAGCUAGAGAAGAAAGCUCUCAGCGCAGAACUAGAGGCAGAAAGGCAGAGCCGGCAGAAACUGCUGUCUUCGCAGUACGAACUGCAAGAGCGGUUGGACUCCUUGCAACGAGCCCCACCACCAAAAGAACACAGACGCUCUCUGUCGGACGCAAGCACCAACUCACAGCAAGAAACUACCGUUGAAGAUGACUACGGGUACGGGUCGGUCCGUUCCGUGGAGACCACGAGACCGGCGCUGGAAGCUGUCAACUGGUCCGCCGGCUCGCACAACGGGCCCAGUCCGAUCGCAGACGCCGGCUUAGUCCUUCGCAUGCAGAAUAGAAUAUCGGCGCUUCAGAGCGAGUUAUCCCGCACUGCCAAACGAGCCAACGAUUUGGAGGAACGACUCAUGACCCGCCUCUCAUCGCCUCCCACCAACCCCAACAUCGACAGAUUCAAGGUUGAAGAGCUGGAGAUUGAGAACAAGAAGCUGCGAGAACACCUGGACCGUCUGAGAGCUGCUGGAGACAGCAUCCUGGUCUCCAAGGAAGUUAUUUCACAACUUGGCGUGAUGCAGCAAGAACUGGACAGAAGGAGGGAUGAGUGCAUCCAACUAAAGAGUGUUUUGUCUAACCAGACGGUGAAUCUAAAGUCGCUUGCGACUUCCAACUACGGGUCGGACGUGGACAUCAUUAACGAAGAUGGCGAGCUGGCCUCUGCUUACGAAGCGCAGAAGGGAAUUAACAGACAACUACAAGAUGAGUUGACAGCCGAGAAGAAGUUCUAUUCCGAGCACAUAUCGAAGACUAAAGCUGAGAUCGAGCGACUUCGGGAAGAAAAUGAGAAAUACCAGAAGUUGCUGAGCGCAGACUUGAGCCAGGAGCCGAAGAACAAAAAUCAGGAGUUUGCUCAGAAUGAGAUCAUUCGGCUGGCAGCAGAGAGCUUGGCUUUGCAGGAACGAGUGGACAAGCUAUCAGAGAGCUGCCGCCGCUACAAGAACCAGAUAAGGCUGCUGGUGAACAAACUGAAGGAAGCUGGGAUAGAGGAUGUCAACGAUAUCCUAGAGACUACGGAAACAGUGGUGCCGAAUGUUUCUAUAGGCCUAGAGAUCACGCCGGUGACGCGCAAGAAAGAGAGGGAGUAUCUUGGGAUGUUCGAGUACAAGAGGCAGGACGAAGCCAUCAUUAUCAAGAAACUUAUUACAGAUCUGAAGCCAAAAGUGGCCGUAACACUUCUCCCAGGCCUACCCGCCUACAUCCUAUUCAUGAUGCUGCGUCACAUGGACCACGUGGAUGACGAACCCAAGAUGCACCAGCUCAUGAAGGCCGUCCGGACCGGCGUCAAGAAGACCCUUAAACGACGCGCCGACAGCGUGGCUUGCAACGCUCUGUGGCUGGCCAAUAUGCUCAGGCUACUGAACAAUCUACGACAGUACAGCGGCGACGCGGUGUACCAGAGCGCCAACACGCCGCGCCAGAACCAGCAGUGCCUGCGCAUAUUUGACUUGUCAGAGUACCGCCAGGUGCUCAGCGACAUCGCCGUGUGGAUCUACCAGGGACUGAUCCACCUCCUAGAACGGCAGCUAGAGCGCCUGAUAGUGCCGGCGAUCCUCGAAUACGAGGAGAUCAGCGUGCGCCCCGGGGCCGUCCGGGCCCCAGCCGGGCCUGGGCCCGCGGGCCCCGCGAGACUCAACCACGAUCUAUCAGCCACGCAUGAUAGCUUGCGAUCGCAUGCCGUCGGCGCACCGCUUAUUGGGAUGAUUUUUAAGCAGGUGGAAGAGAUAUUAGGAGUUCUGAAGCCCAUCACACAAGCAGUUCACCUCUUACAAGCCAGAAAAUCCAUGGCCGACGUGGAUUCCACAGUCGACAUGUGUCCAGACCUCACCGCUAUGCAAGUCUGCAAGCUCCUCAAUAUGUACACACCAGCCGAGGAGUAUGAAGUGAAAGUGACUCGCGAGUUCAUCCAUGAGAUCCAGAAGAAAAUGCUCGCCAAAGCUGGACCUAACCUCGACAAGGAACCGCAAAACCUAUUGAUGGACUCCAAAAUGAUAUUCUCCGUUCAAUUCCCGUUCGAUCCGUCGCCGAUCCGGCUUGAAGCGAUCGAGUUGCCAGAAGUACUCGAAUUGGACGGCCUCCUAACCAAGAUUUAAGGACGCUCGCGAGCAAGGUUCGUUCGCGCGCGAAUGUUCGCCGAGUACAUGCGAAUGUGACAUUACUUGGGAUUUAUCGUCUAUAAAUAUUUGUUACCCGACUGCAGGACAAGGGGUUAUGUUAUUUAGAUUGUUCGUGGUCAGAUCAGGACUUCCAGAAAAAAUUCCCAAAAUCUAUAUUUGCAGUUGCAUGUAAAUAUGUCUGUCUAACUUAGACAGUUCCUUAUAUACUGGAUAUGUCUAAAUGACAGUUGAUAUAGCAAUCCAAGAAUGGUGGGUUUUUCAAUACCUACUUGAAGCUUGGAAUGAGUAUCACUCCAAGUCAUAUAAAAGAAAAAAUACAUGCCCCAAAAAUUAUACACAAUUUCAAGAAUGUCACAUUCACAUAAUAAAAAUAAUGAUAUUAAUAAUUUCCAAUAUACUUAUGGACAUUAUUGUCUUUAUUGCCUUUAAGCAUUUAUUUAUACUAUUUCUAUAAUUUAUUCAU